AUGGGCCUCUUCGAUCUCUUCGGACACGACGAUGCGCGGCAGCACAACGAGACGAUCUACAACACCCAGUAUGUCCCCGAGCAGCAUCAGAGCUCGUGGACGCACGAAGCGAUCGCUGGUGCGGCUGGAUUCGAGGCCAUGAAGGCAUACGAGAACCAUGUCCGCUCGACCGGUCAGGAGCCCAGCCAUGCUUUGAUGAAGGAGCUUCUCGCAGGCUUCGCUGCCGCCGAGAUCGACAAGUACCUGACAUCUGGUCAUCCAGGUCUGGACUACAUUGACCGCGAGAAGGCCAAGCGCCAGGCCGUCGAGCAAGCCCAC